AUUUUCCAUUUACCUAACCAAUUUUUCAUUAGAAAAAUAAAGCAUAGAUUUAUAUGCUCAUCGCAACCACUUACACUCAUUAAUUCAACCAUAGACCAUUAAGUUAUAAACUUUAUAACAACACAGCAAAAUUUUCUGCUAAAAAUGGCUUCUUUUGCAUCAGUUCCCCUACAGUACUCAUCUUCAUCGUUACAAACCCAUUUGCAUUCCUCGCUCUUGGUACCUUCUUUAGAGGGUGCACACGAUUACAACUCAUGGUUGGUGAGAGUGAGAUCACAAAGAUUACACCAACCAACGCAGACCACUGCAAGAGGGCCACAACUUAAAAUUAAGAGUGCAGCAACAAAACCAGCAAAAUCACCAGCUGAAGAAGACUGGAAGGUGAAGCGAGAAUAUCUCAUUCAGAAAAGGGUAAGGAGUGUGGAAGUAAAGGAAGCUCUGCGUCUUAUGAACGAAAAUAAUUUUGUGCUACUGGAUGUAAGGCCAGAAGCAGAGUUCAAAGAGGCACAUCCUGAAGGAGCAAUGAAUGUGGAACUUUAUAGGCUAAUAAAAGAGUGGACAGCAUGGGACAUUGCUAGACGUGCUGCAUUUGCAUUUUUUGGUAUUUUUUCUGGUACAGAAGAGAACCCUGAGUUCAUUCGGACUGUUGAAGCUAAAAUAGAUAAAAAUGCAAAAAUAAUAGUGGCUUGCACAUCAGGGGGUUCUCUGAGACCAUCACAAAGUCUGCCAGAAGGUCAACAAUCAAGGUCACUUAUAGCAGCAUACUUGCUGGUCCUUAACGGUUAUGGCAAUGUCUUCCAUCUAGAAGGUGGUCUUUACAAAUGGUUGAAAGAGGGAUUACCAACUGUUUCAGAGGAGUGAAGUUAGUGCC